AUGGCUCCCAAGAGCGAGCCCAUAGACGUCCCCUCCUUCGCCAGCACCCAACUCGCCCUGCUCAGCCACGAGCUGCAGACUGAGAUCGCAGAGACCAGCAGCCUCAUCGCCUCUCACACGCCCACCGCCCUGCAGCGCGCGGGGCUGGCCCUGACCAACCUCGCCGUCGCCUCGCAGCGCACCGGCUUCGGCGGCCGGACCGUCGUCCAGCUCGCCCCGGACGCGGCCACCGGCGGAGGCGACCUCCCCGAGCAUGGCAUCCGCACGGGGGACAUUGUGCUCGCGGCGGAGCAGCCCGCGGGCAGCGCCAAGAAGAGGGAGGUGAAGGAGCUGGAGCGCAAGGGUGUGAGAGGUGUUGUGGUUAAGGUGCAGAGGGGCGCGGUUGGCGUGGCGCUCGAUGAGGGCAAGGACGAUGACGCGGGGGGGUUGUCUGGCCGGGUGUGGAUCGUGAAGCUGGCGGACGAGGUAACGUAUCGACGUAUGAACCAGACGAUGGAGAAGUUGGAGAAGAUGCCCGAGGCCGAGUACUCCAGCUUCAUCAGGGUCCUCUUUGGCCUAUCCAGCCCGUCGCCCGUAGCAUCGGACCUGGCCAAGCACGACGAGUUCAAAGAUCUAACAUGGUUCGACCCCUCGCUGAAUGACUCGCAAAAAGAUGCGAUACGUUUUGCUCUAGCAUCGAGAGAGGUGGCCCUAAUCCACGGACCCCCCGGUACUGGCAAGACUCACACCCUGAUUGAGCUGAUCCUGCAAAUGGUCCAGCGCAAGCAGAGGAUCCUCGUCUGCGGCCCGUCCAACAUCUCAGUCGACAACAUCGUCGAGCGCCUUGCGCCGCACAAGAUGCCCAUCGUGCGCCUCGGCCAUCCUGCCCGGCUGCUGCCCUCCGUGUUGAGCCACUCGCUCGACGUCCUGACGCAGACGUCCGAAGCUGGCGCCAUCGUCAAGGACGUGCGCGCGGAGAUGGACGCCAAGCAGGCAUCCAUCAAGAAGACCAAGAGCGGAAAGGAGAGGAGGCAGAUUUAUGCCGACCUCAAAGAGCUGCGCAAGGAGUAUCGCGAGCGGGAACGGCGGUGCGUCAGCAACCUCGUUGGCGGCAGCAAGGUCGUCCUUGCGACGCUGCACGGCGCGGGCGGGUUUCAGCUGCGCCAUGAGGAGUUCGACGUGGUCAUCAUCGACGAGGCGAGUCAGGCCCUCGAGGCGCAGUGCUGGGUGCCCCUCCUGGCUGCCAAAAAGGCGGUUUGCGCCGGCGAUCACCUCCAGCUGCCGCCGACGAUCAAGUCGACCAACUCCAAGGUCAAGGUGGAACUCAAGGACGGCGGCGCCAGGCCCAUAAAGGGCAUGACGCUCGAGACGACGCUCUUUGAUCGCCUGUUGGCCCUUCAUGGGCCGGCUAUCAAGAGGAUGCUCACGACUCAGUACCGCAUGCACGAGAGCAUCAUGCGGUUUCCGUCUGAUGAGCUGUACGAGUCAAAGUUGCUUGCCGCGGAUGCGGUCAAGGCCCGCCUCCUACAUGAUUUAGAAUACGAGGUCGAGGAUAACGAGGACACCAGCGAGCCCGUCGUCUUCAUCGACACACAAGGCGGGGACUUCCCUGAGAAGAACGAGGAGGAUGACAAGGAUAACCCCAAGGGCGGGAGAGGCAGCUUGACGGGCGAGAGUAAGAGCAAUGAGAUGGAGGCGUUGCUCGUCCGGCAGCAUGUGAAGCAGCUAGUCGACGCAGGAGUCCGGCCAGACGACAUUGCGGUGGUGACUCCGUACAACGCACAGCUGGCACUGCUUGCGCCGCUCAAGGAGCGCUUCCCGGGCAUAGAGCUCGGCAGCGUCGACGGCUUCCAGGGCCGAGAAAAGGAGGCAGUCAUUGUCAGCCUCGUGCGCAGCAAUGACGACGGAGAGGUCGGCUUCCUGGGAGAAAAGAGGCGGCUGAACGGCGAUUCGGAAACGGUAAAGAGGGGCAGCAAGUUCCUCAACAAGUGGAUGGAGUUUCUGGAAGAUAACGCUGAUCUGCGGUACCCAGACCUGUCCAAGGUCGACCAGACGGCGUGA